GCAACAACUACCUAUACUGUACGUAGGUACUUAUAUUUUCGGCCAAAAGAUUACCUAAUUAUUUUUAAUUGUACAAUUGUACAAGCUCUAUUAUUAAAGGUUGAUCUAUUUUAUUUGUAUUCUUAUAUUUGUUAUUGUUCAAUAUGUUAUAGCCUAUAGGUAGAUAUAGCUGCCCAGUCCGUGCACCGUAAAAUUCGUGAGUUGUUAUUUAAAAUUAUUUUUAUUGUUAAACCUAUUAUAGUUAUUGAUGUGAAAUAUCUAUUUGCAAAGGGGGUUGGGUAAUAACUAUAGAUAACCAUAAUAUAUAAUAUAUAAUAUUAUGGAUAAACCAUUCCUAUACUAAACACCCAUGGAGCAACGUUCCCGAAGUUUCAAUAUGUACCCGUCCCAGCAAUACCAUUGUUACCUGAACAAACAACCCUUAGCAUUAGAUCACCUAAGUUUUAGUAUCUAUAGUCUCAUCGACGGUGGGAGUUGGUACGUUCCCAUAACACCAAAUAUUUUAAUUACGUAUUGGGCCAAAAGGGUCGAUUUCCUUAAUAGCCAAUUUGUUUUAUUAAAUUCUUGUGGGGGGCCAGAAAAUCUGGUUAUUAUGCUAAUUAUUUAUUAGUUUAGUUCAAAGACUUAUUAACAUAUGGACUGAGCGUCACCAUACCCUACUAUAGGUUCCCAAGUGCCAACAUUGUUAGAAAGAGAAAGUAAAUACAUGUAUAAUAUAAUGACCUACUUACCUAAGGUGUAUGUUGUCUUUUUCUAAAAAUGUUGUUAUCUUUGUUGUUUAACUAUUCUAUCUCUCCCUUGCAAUACAUUUGUGUAAAUGCUACCUAAGUUGUAUUUUAUAUUUUCCUAAUAAUGUUGGCCUAUGGAUCUCUCUCUUUGUUAUCAGUCCAAUUUUUUAUAGGUAUAUGAUAUAUAUAUUCACUAAUGCACAAUUAAACGCAAAAUUAACCGUAUCUAUACAAUUAUUAUCAUACAAAGUACACAAGUAUACACCAAACAUUACGUGUCUCAUAAAUCAUAAGUUUUGUUCGGAAGUCCAGAAAAUUACUGGUUGAGCUGCUUACAACUAUACACACUUCUAAUCAAUCGGGAUAUUAUAAUAAAAGUCUUAAGUCUUCCAAUUACCUACCCGACCUAGUAUACAAUUGGCAAUGCAAAAUACAAAGGAAAUAUCAGAACCCAUUAGAUGUGAACCAGCAAAAUAUGAGUAUAAGAAAUCGUGUUAUGCGGAGAUAUAUCAAGUACUACAAUCCUUCCGCAAAGAAGAGAUUUAUUGUGAUUUUCAACUAGAAACAAAUGAUGGCAAAAUUAUAAAUGGUCAUAAAGUGGUUUUAGCAUCGGCUAGUCCAUAUUUUCAUGCUAUGUUUACAAAUUGUGACGAAAAAAAUCAAUAUCUUGUUAUUAUGAAACAGUUAGAUUCAACAGCCUUACAGCUGUUAGUAAACUUUAUUUAUACCGGGGAAAUCACGGUAACUGAAAACAAUUUACAGAUUUUGUUGCCAGCAUCGAAUCUUUUGCAGUUACAAGAAGUGAAAGAGGUGUGUUAUGAUUUUUUACAGGCACAAAUGUGUCCUAAAAACUGCAUUGGUUUAAAUGCAUUAGCUGAUUUACAUAGCUGUGAGCAAUUGUUAACAAGUUCAGAAUUAUAUAUUCAACAGCACUUUUCAGACGUGGUAGACGGAAACGAAUUCCUAUAUCUGUCAUCCGGACAAAUGGUUAAGUUGAUCGCCAGUGAUGAAGUGAAAGUUCCAUCUGAAGAAAAAGUAUUUGAAAGUGUAAUUCGAUGGGUAAAACAUGAUUUAGGUUCCAGAAAAUGUAUUUUGCCACAAUUAAUGGAACAUGUACGUUUACCAUUAACAUCCAAAGAGUACAUAUUGAAAAAAGUUGUUGAGGAACCUCUUCUUGACAAUUGUAAAAAUUACGUGAUUGAAGCAUUACAUUUUCAUUUGCUUAAGUCAGAUAAGCUUAUCACAAUUCCACAUAACAUCCGGGCUAAACCCAGAAAGCCCGGUGGUAUGGAUAAAGUUAUUUUUGUUGUUGGUGGUGAAGGGAAAAAUAUAAUUACCAGUACAGAAUGGUACGACCCAAAAAUGAACCGAUGGCAUUUUGGACCAAAAUUGAUUACGCCACGUAGUGGGGGUGGUCUAGCUGUAGUAAAAGAUAAUUUUGUGCUUUGUAUGGGUGGUAUAAUAAAUAGUCAGUCUGUUGAUGUGCUAGAUUUAUCAUCAGAAUCACCUCGCUGGGAACCAACCGUCGACAUGCUAGUAAAUAGAUUCGAAUUAGGAGUUGGUGUAAUAAAUAAUUAUGUGUAUGCCGUUGGCGGUGAUGACGGUAGUGGUUAUUCAAAUAGUGUAGAAAUGUUUGACUGCAAAACUCAAGAUUGGAGUAUAGUAACUAAUAUGUAUACUGGAAGAAUUGGUGCUGGGAUUGGCGUACUGAAUGAUCUUUUAUAUGUGGUAAUGUGAUUUUAAAUUCGUAAUACAUUCGUUAUAAUUGUAAUUGGAAUAAAGGUUCACGGAUACUAUCCUCAAAAUAAAAUAUUUCGAUAAAUUAAAAUUUUAAAUUAAUUUAUAAUUAUUAUGAACUGAUUCAAACGUUUGGUUAAAUAUCUGCUCAAUGCAAUGAUUUAAUUAUUAUAUGAGAAACUGUAUUGAUUGUAUUCAUGUAU